AUGUUCUUCCGAAUAGUGUCUGUAAAAGAAGUAGAAACCCAUAGUCUGGAGACAGAUAUCUGGAUUAUAGUUAAUAGAAAAGUCUACGACGUGACUAAAUUUGCCCCGAUACAUCCGGGGGGAGCCCAGAUCAUCUACCAACAUGCCGGUAAAGAUGCGUCAGUAAAGUAUAAUAAUAUCUAUUCCUCCUCGCUGAUCGCUACCGAACUCUACGGUUCCUGCAUCAGCGAGUUGGACACCUCUACCGUUCCCCCGAGCUGGCUAACCUCGGCUCCUCGCAAGCCCCCUCUCAGCGACGCUCUCAGUCUCAAGGACUUCGAAAAGGCGUUCAACAGCAGUGCGGCCAACGACAAUCUCACGCGAGAUGCCAACCAGACGAUGCUGCAGCGGAUCUGGCUGCGACCAGCGAUCAUACGCGAUAUCUCUACAGUGCCCGUAUACAUCGCGCCGGUGGGUGCGGCCAAGAAUAUCUGUAGAGAGGAUAAACUACUAUUGGCACGGGCAGUAUAUAAGGCCGGAAAUAUGCAAUACAUCGCUACCACCGCCUUCCAUUCCCUCGCCGAGAUUCUUAAUACGACCCCGGAGCAGGCAUGGCUGCAGAUACGGCAGGCCACAGCAUCCGGAAAAAUCAAGAGGUUUCUGAUUACCGCCGAUCUUCCCGUUAUGUCCAAGCAAGAGGCCGAUGAGCGGCUUAAGCCCGAGAAAGGCAGAGGCCUGGUAUCGAAUAGCUCGUUUAUUAAUCCUACUCUUAACUGGCAGGAUAUUCUCUGGCUUCGAAGAAUUACCGGACUGCUGCUGCUGAUAAAAGGAAUUCAGCAGGCAGAAGAUACACAUCUUACCCUGUAUUAUAGUCUCGACGGCAUUGUAGUUAGUAACCAUGGUGGUCACACCGCCGACACAACGCCCCUAUCCAUCUUGACCCUUCUUGAGAUCCGCCGUAACUGCCCGGAGGCAUUCGAAAGAAUAGUUGUUCUGGUAGACGAAGGGUUCCGACGAGGGUCUGAUAUUAUUAAAGCCGUUUAUUUGGAAGCCUCGGCUGUCGGUCUGGAUCGACUGUUUAUCUACGCCUUGACCUACGGGAAGCCGGGAGUGCUUCAUGCUAUCGAAAAUAGAUAA